GAGAUCGUUUAAAGUCUUUUGAUGUGUUCACUAAAGAAUCAAAUCUUGGAUUCACUGAAUACGAUCGUUACAAAUGUUUAGUAUUCCUAUUUUAAUCGUAGCUCUGGAACGCAUCUCUUCUAGCCUACAUUUUCCUGCAAAUGUUUGCUUUGUAGAAAACUUCUCAUGCCGUUUUUUCACACGUGUCUUUGGGAACAAUUAUCCCUGAAAUCGCCCGAAGUACUGCAUCAAGUCCUGUUGGAGCUGUUUUAACUAACUGAGGUCUGUGCUUCAGGAUAACGGCAGAGGAAACUUCACUCUGUGUCUGGACCUGCAGCAGUGAAACAUGGAGCCGCCAGCGGGGCCCUCACUGGGGCCUUAUGACUACGACCUGCUGGUCAUUGGUGGGGGGUCAGGAGGCCUGGCUGUGGCGAAGGAAGCUGCAGGCUUGAGGAGGAAGGUGCUGAUCCUUGACCUCGCCGCUCCCUCUCUGAGAGGCGCCAAGAGAGUACUCGGAGGUUCCAGUCUCAAUGUCGACAGCGUCAGGAAGUUUCUACAACAUUCAUCUCUCCUGGGAAAAGCGCUUCAAGACUCUGAGAAGUAUGGCUGGAAGUUGAAAGACCAUGGCUCUCUGCGUCCUUCAGUGUCUCACAGCUGGACGCAGCUGGUGGAGGCGGUGGAGGAGCAGAGGAGGAGGAGCAGUGAGGAGCUGAGGAGGGAGCUGAAGAGAUGUGGAGUCUUUUACCUGAAUGCUCGUGGAGAGAUCGUAGCUCCUCACACAGUGGAGGCUACAGAAGUGAGCGGGAGGAAGAGGCGCCUGACAGCUGAGACUCUGGUGGUCGCUACAGGAGACAGACCUCAGUACCUGGGCGUUCCUGGAGACGCAGAGUUCUGCAUCACCAGUGAGGACCUGCUCUCCCUGCCUCGCCCUCCAGGUCGGACCCUGGUGGUGGGCGGGUCAGCAGAGGGGUUGGAGUGUGCCGGCUUCCUGUUCGGCCUCGGCGUGCAGGUCAGCGUCAUGCUGCAGCCCGACGUGCUGCCGGGGUUCGAUCGGAAAAUGGCUCAGAAGAUAGAAAACCACAUGCUCGUUAGUGGAGUGGACUUCCUGUAUCACUGCUCACUGGACAAGGUGGAGCAGACUGAAGGUAGCAGUGAUGACUUCACUUCAGAAACUCUGCAGCCGGUUUCCAGGAAGACACUUCGAGUGACCUUCAUCACUAAGGAAGGCCAAAGCGAACAAGACGACUUUGAUACAGUGCUGCUCGCUGUUGGAAAGAGGGCCUGCACCGGUGACGUCGGCCUGGAGUGUGUCGGGGUUCAGUGCAGACAGGACAGUGGCAAAGUCGUGGUGAACGAGCGGGAUCAGACCGGUGUCGAUCAUAUUUAUGCCAUCGGCUCGGUGCAGCACGGGCGCCCCUCCACGACGGGCCUCUCAGUGCACGCUGGGACGCUGCUGGCCCGUCGACUCUACAGAGGAGACAGCAUCUUGUGUGAUUACACCAACGUGCCCACUGUUGUGCUCACUCCUCUGGAGUACGCCGCCUGUGGUCUCUCAGAGGAGAGAGCCAAUCUGACGUUUGGAGAAGACAGCGUCGAGGUGUAUCACAGCUACUACUGGCCUCUGGAGUGGGAGCUUCCUGCCAGGAAUAAAAACUCCUGCUACGUGAAAGUCAUCUGCCACAUCCCUGACCAGGAGCGAGUGCUCGGUCUCCACGUCAUGGGCCCCAACGCUGGAGACGUCCUCCAAGGCUUCGUUGCGGCGAUGAAGUGCGGUCUCACUAAAGAACAGCUGGACGCCACAGUGGGCAUCCACCCCGGGUCGGCCCAGGUGCUCACCUCUCUGACCCAAACCCAGCGGAUGUCUGAGGCCUUGAUGAUGAGGGGCAACUGCUGAGGUUAGCCCCCCCUGCUGUCAAUCAGACAGCGGGGGCGAUCUGCAAUCACCCUGCAGAGCGACGGCAGCAGGAUGGUCACCUGACCCUCUGAUGACAUCCUCACCUGAAGCCUGAGUGACAGGCGGGCGAGGACCGAUGCUCUGCUGCCCACACGCUUCCUCUUUGUGUGUGUGUGUGCACAUUUUUAGGUUUGUGUGCAUUUUGUAUGAAUGGUUUGCUUCGAUGGAUUACUUUGACAUAUACAGUACUUUUAAUGCAUUUUAAUGGCUCUUAACUAUAAAGCAGUGAAGACGCUCCCUGAGGUUCUGGCCCUGAAAGCCCCUGUAAGCUUUAGCUGACUUUUUUUAAAGGCUGCAGGAGAAUGAUAAGACUCUGGGGUUUGAUGCAUUUACAUGCAGUCGAAGCUCAGACUUAUACGCUGUGUUUUUAUUGCUCCGGAUGAGCCUCGGGGGUUUUACAGCCUUAAUUUCAUGUAAUGAACUAGACGGGGGGAUUAUGGAAUUACCCAAAUUAAUAGUGUUUAUCUGUGAAUCCUCGGCUUUAAUGAUGCAUUUGGUGCGUCUACUGCGACAUUAGGCCAGAGUUCCUGACGCUCUCCCUUGUUUGCGUUCUCUCUUUUCUAUUCUCUCUCUCUGAUUCAGCGCCGCCAAGCGAAGCAGCGCUCUUCAAACAACUGUUGAAUAUUCAUGCCGAGUCAUUAAGUGAAGUGUCUCAUACAAAUGAACGCAGGGACAGGAGUGCAGAUGUUUUAAAAAGGCAUGCCGCUGACCCCUUCCGAGUUUCCCGCGCCAACCUCUGCUCUGCACUCUGCAAUUCAAAUCAGAAAAUGUUGGGUCUGUGAGCGAGCAACAUGGGCGUCAUUCUCAUUCUCCGGGUGUAUCUGCAACACACUCCCAUCCGUUCCAUGUUAAUGCCGCCACUGCCCUGCUUUGUGUGUCGCUUCCCGACGAACACUGCAGCUACCAGAUGCAAAUUUUUUCUCAAGAUGUACCCUCCAGACCACCUUCUGGUUCUCUCCCUGACAGAGCCGCUUGUGUAAGGAAGACAGAUCUCUUAAUUAGAACAAGUGCACAGGACUGUGUCUCUUCUGGCAUGUGCCUGAAAAUGCCAUUAGAGCAUAAUUCGAUCGAAGCGGAGAAGCUUCGGUGACUUUGUGCGAGUCUCACGGCAAGGUUAAGAUGCUGCAGGAGAGCUCUAUCCAUCACUGCCUGCUGAGCUUGGACGGAGUUCAGGAGUCUCAGCUGACCUCUGCAGUACCAGCGGCUACCACUAGAUGACACUGCAGCUGUAUGUGGAGGAGGUAGAUACACUCACUGUACUGGAGAGACAAGAAUAAAAUGAUACAAAGAUG